AUGUCACUAUCAAACAAAUUUGCCUUCAAAAAGCGCCGAAUCUACGAAGUUAUUGAUGUAUUUACCGUCAUUGGCGUUACUGUUCUCCUUGACGAAGAAAACUUCCUGUGGAUUGGCUUUAAUCACGUUUCCCAAACUAUCCAAAGGAUAGGUACAAACAGAGGCGUUUACUCCAGCGAUCUUACCCUGAACGAUAUUUUUUGUUUAUCUCAAGAACCAAUUUCUAUCCAAUCCAUGACCGAAGAUAUUAUUUUUUUGUUCAUUGCUAUUGAGCGACGUAGAUUAAAUAUCAUUGAAGCUUCAAAAUACAUUUCUCAUGGAAAUGGAAAGGAAAAAACUACCAGGUGCAAGAUUUCUCAGGCUGUUGCUAUCCUUGAAUUAGCAAAUAUCAUCCGCAAAACCGAAAACCAAUCCGAAUAUGAACUAUUGCCUGAGUUUUAUAUCACAGUUCCCAAGGUACUUAAAAACUCUACUGUUGAUCCAAGCAACAUUCAGUCUUUGCUGAAUUGGACAGAUGAUUCAAACAUUUCUUCUUCUGAUAUUAUUUCUUUCAGAAGGAAAGAGUUUUACACAAUUUCCCAUGAAUGA